GAAACUCAAAUUCACAUUAAAUUCACGCGGUAUUGCGGAAGCAGCUGCAGUAGUGUGCAGUCAUGAAGUCCGUGUGGAGAGUCGUCUCACUCGUUCGUCCCCCCUCUUCCUAGAGAGAGAAAGCUUCUCCCAAAACAAACAGCCAUAGACGACGACAAAAUAGGCGUAUAAAUCCUGCACAAUUCUUCAAUCGUACUUCGCCUCCACAUUCGGCCGAUGCUGCUGGUGCUGCGAAGAAAAUGGUCGGUGGCGUGAAUUCGUUGAAUUGCAUCCCGUAGGUAGUGUAUAAUUUUGUAGAGAGUUGAAGGUCUAGAAAUUGGAGAAAUGGCUACUGAUAACGAGGAGGCUGCUUCCCAAAGGCUUCAAUCUUCAUCAUCGUCUUCGAUUCCUAAGAAUCCUGAAAGUUCGAUGAACCAAAUGGAUGUACCUCAACUCAACAUGCCUCAAUUUCGUGGUCAGAUUAGGCAGGUCUCCCCCAAUUUAGGUAUGGAUAAUAGCAGCAAACGCUUCGGCAUUCCUCCCUCUCAUCCGCAAAUUCCUCCUGCUUCUCCGUAUUCGCAGAUCCCGGCUAACCGGCCGGGGAAUCAGCAGCAUGGAUUGCAGAAUUUCAGUACAAGUCCGGGGCGGACACAGCAUACUCGUUCACUGUCGCAGCCCUCUUUUUUUGCCCUAGAUUCUUUGCCGCCCCUAAGCCCUUCACCUUACCGUGAAUUGCCUUCAAAUUCUGGUUCCGAUCAUGCCUCUGUGGCUGCUGAUGUGCCUACGGAGGAGAGGGAGAGCAAUUCCCAUUGCUUGUUGCCGCCAUCACCGUUUACACGCGGUAAUUCGUUGAGAGUCGGAGAAGGUCUUCCUCCUCGCAAGGUUCAUAGAAGGUCAAUCAGUGAUAUACCUUACGGAUUGAUGUCUUCCAUUGCCCCACCUUCGCCUUCACUGCCAGCUAUGCAGCUGAGGAGUCCUGGUGCGAUGGAUAGGCCGAUUUUGGCAAGGGAGAAUUCAGGUACCCUACCGAUGCACCUAGUUAAGCGAGAAUCAAGUUGGGAGAAGGGAGGAGAUAGCAAUGCCGAAGGAAUCUGGGACAGAAAAUCCGAAGGGGAAGUUGUGGAUGACUUAUUCUCUGCUUAUAUGAAUUUGGACAACAUUGAGGUAUUCAAUUCUUCCGGCACUGAGGAGAAGCCCGGGACCGAAACCCGGGAAGAUUUAGACAGCAGGGCUAGCGGUACAAAGACGACCGGAGGUGACAGCAGCGACAAUGAAGCAACUAGUAGCGUCAAUGAAAGCAGCAGUAGUUUGCAUAAAGUAGGAGUGUCAUCGUUCCCCGAGAAGAGGGAAGGGAUCAAGAGGAAUAACAUGGGAGAUAUUGCGCCUUAUACUCAGCACUACCGCAGGAGUGUCUCCAUGGAUGGCCUAAGCUUUAAGGGAAAGACUAAUUUUAUCGAUGAAUCUCCGAAAAUGCCUCCAUCCCCUGGUACCCUUCCAGGUCAACUUUCGCCAACAAAUUCUAUAGAUGCAAAUUCAAAUGUUUUUAGCUUGGAGUUUGGUAAUGGUGAAUUUACUGGUGCCGAAUUGAAGAAAAUUAUGGCAAAUGAGAAGCUUGCAGAGAUAGCCUUGAAUGAUCCCAAGCGGGCCAAGAGGAUCUUAGCCAACCGGCAGUCGGCUGCACGAUCAAAGGAGCGAAAGAUGAGAUAUAUUACAGAGUUAGAGCACAAGGUCCAGACAUUACAGACAGAAGCAACGACAUUGUCAGCGCAACUUACUUUACUUCAGCGAGACUCUGCUGGACUUACUAGCCAGAACAAUGAGCUGAAGUUUCGGUUGCAGGCAAUGGAACAGCAGGCCCAACUCCGUGAUGCCCUGAAUGAGGCAUUGACAGCAGAGGUACAACGACUGAAGCUUGCAUCUGGCGAACUCAGCGAAGACACAUCAAAGUUUCAGCAGCUCUCAAUCAACCCGCAGAUUUACCAACAGCUCAACAUGCAUCAGCUACAACAGCAACAACAGUCAUUGCCGCAGAAACAGCCACAGCAAUCCAAUGGCAAUAAACCGACAAAGAAUGAAUCGGAACAAUAAAGCUAAGCUGGAGCACAGCACUGCAAAACUAGAAUCAACAUGAUAAGUAAUGCUUAUACCUUUCAGUUUUUGCACUACUUCCAUCAUUUGUUACUAUAUUAGCAGUUUUGUGGCCGAAAUACUUGCAUGUUCAUGAUAGUCUUGUGUUGCGAAAAUGCCUGCUGCCCGUAUUUAUAUUCUUCAGCUUAUUUUGUGCUUAGGAAAAGCUAUUUGUGUGUAGUGAAUUUGUUUCUUUGGACGGAUUCUGUUGCCGCUUCUUGUCUCUCUUAUUGAGUUACUAAUUUGUGAUGUUUA